UUCAUCCGGCCAGCGCGAGAUUGGCCAGGAUUGGCGGGCUCGCGAAUGCAGUGGAACGUAGGGUUUUAGCGUUUUAGUGUUGUGUUGACUGUGUCCUCCUGUGUGCACGCACAUCUGCGGUGCCUGCGUUAUGGCCUGAUUACCGUUUUGUUCGCUGACUUCGCCGUCUUUGUGCUGCUUUCUGUCAAGACCACGUGGUUAAGACGAGCGCCUCGAGGAUGACCCGCAAAGGUUAUGGCGCGUAGACGUGAGAUGGAGCUUUGACGCUUCGACACGCCUGUUCUAUUUGGAGGCCUUGUCUACUCUUCGCUACCUGUUGGAAAUUGGAAUCAGUUGGAAGCGACGGCAAGCGCUGUUGCGUCCCCAGCAUAAUGGGCAGAAGAGGCCUGAACCUCAGGGCUUACGCUGCUCACGUCAGCAAACUGUUGCCAUUUGAGUGGACUACCAAAAAGAUUCAUGCGAGCCUCUGCAACACAAGAAGCCCCCAGACUUCGCGGAAGAUCAACCUUAACCAAAGCUGCACCGAGAGUGACAGCCAGUGCUGCCACAUUCUCGACAAUCUCACCUUGUGGAAUGAAUUUCUCUGCCUCUGGCACAUGGAGCUGAAGGAAGUGGUGCCGGGUGAGUUGGGCAUCGAAGUCUUGAAUGGUGGGCGAGUGGAUUUUGCCAUGGAAGCGCAAAACAGCUAUCCUCUGGUGCUCCUUCAUUGGUUGUUGAAGGAACACCACUGUGUGAAAACCCUGAAGGUCCAGAGUUCCAUCUUUCAGAGAUACUCGCAGCUUCUCUUUGACGCCAUACAUCUGAAUGUUGGCUUAAAAACUCUGGAGUUGCAGGGCUGUCACAAAAGUGGAAGAGACUUCUUUAACCAGACGGACAAGGGUUCACAGCAUUUGGUAACUACCCUCGGCACCUUGGUUCGACUCCAAGAACUUGUACUUAGGGACGUAAUUCUGUCGAAGGAAGCGGUUGGUCUUCUUGGAGCUGCUGUGGAGAGCAUCUCUUUAAGGUCGUUUACGUACGUGAGAUCCCACAACUUUGGAGAGUUCUACAGUCUUAUGCCCCAAGAAAGUGCAGUGUUGCUGAUAGAGAGCUUCAAGCGCAGCAAGAAGCUCAGAGAGCUGGACAUCGACCACUGUUGUCUUCACGACAAGUCUUGCGAAAUGUUUGCGGAGUAUCUAGCAGGAAAUGACACUCUUCAGAAGCUCACCAUUCACAUGGUUUCGGUGUCUGGGCAUCGGCUGGAAGAGCUGGCACCUUUGCUUUGUGCACUUGAAGAAAACAAGGUUCUUCAGACAUUUCGGGUCAUUGGCUACCCCAAUUAUGAGCUUCAGCGGGAUCGACUUUCUGGCACAGUGACCGCAAACAGAGGUCUCCGAAGUUUACUUGCAAAAAGCGCAACAAUACCAGACCUGAUAAAGAACAACUGUGCUCUGCUCAAGCUGGAUGCUGCGAGUGCAACCAUAAAAGACAUGAAGCCAUUGGCAGAAGCAGUUUGUGUCAAUAAGACAAUGCAGAAGCUUAGUCUUAAUUGGUUGGGACUGUCCCUCUGUGACACUAAAGAAUUCUGUACUGCACUGGCAAAGAAUGAAUCUCUCAAGUUGGUUAUAAUGAAUAACAUUGAUGAAGAGUUGGUGGACGGUGUCUACAAGGUCCUGAGAGAGACAGGAACAGAGCAGAGGGUGAGGCUUGCAAGCAUCAUCAGGAGUGCCUUGGUUCUGCAGACGACCUUGGAGAACUGCUGCGAGUUGACGGAGGUCUGCUAUUGUGCUGCGUUCCGUAACACCACCGGUAGUGAUAGUGAGUCCUUUGCUGCAGAAGAUGAUGACAGCCACGAAGAUAGCAAUAACAGUGCAAGUGAAGAAGAUAGUGAGUGUGUCCGGGACAAUCCUGAAGAUGGUCAUGCCAAAAAUGAUGGAAACAACAAAGAUGAUGAUAAUAUCCUAAAAAAAGCUUGUGGGGAAACUGGUGGAGCUAGUAAAACAGAGGGUAACAUCCCAAAAUUUGAUGACGAGGAAGCUAAUGGUGGCACGUCAUCCGAUGAUGACCUUGAUUUUGACUAUGAUGGGCACGAAUACUACGAUGACCAUGAUGAUAUGUUGAGGUACUAUUAUGACGGUGAUGUCUACGAGCACUACGGGCACUACAAUGACAUGGACUAUUAUGACAGUGAUGAAGGGGAUUACUUUUAUGAUGACGACGAUGAUGACAGCGACAUUGAUUACUUUUACGACUUUGAGCAUAUGGACAAUCUAAGGGAUGCCGAGGAGGUUGCUCCAGAAAUCCCUGCAUUUCGCUGCCUGAGCCUGUGUAACCAUCUGGAUACACUGGUUAUCGUCGUCAACGAGAGGAUGUGCGAGGAGCGUGCGGGACUUCUCUCGCAGUUCUUGUCGUGGACAAAGACACUGAAGAGCACCACUUUGAGCUUCCCAACAACUGAGCCGUCCACACAGAUGCUUCUGGAUGGACUGUCAUCCAACACAAGCAUCUCGGCCCUAGAGUUGGGGUACUGGCGUUUCAAGCAGCGUCACGCCGAAGACUUCGCACAACUGCUGAGGAAGAAUGAGACCCUGAAUAAUCUCGUGCUCCAUGACAUAAAAACAAAGUUGAUACUCCAAGAGCUCUCAAACUACAUAGAAGACAACAAGUUUCUGGUCAGCUUACACGUGGAUGACGGAGGCUCCUUUACUCAGAAGCCGUGGAUGUUUAAGAUUCUGGAUGUACUGCGGCGGAACUCGUCCUUGCUGCAGUGUGCAGUCCACUUCGUCAUGGGCAACCAUGGCAAGCGGUUUGGGGAAGCAUUUGAACAGAUGUUUCGGAGUAAAGCAUUGCUGAAGAAGGUCCAAGAACUUGCCAGUGAAACUGAGUCUGGUGCCUUGGAAAGGAUCCGGAGUGGCAAGAGAUACCUUGACAUCAACUUUUUGACCGUGGCCGGUGUCGUCAAGGGCAUGGUGGUUUGCAACAAGGGCGAUGGAAGACGCAUCAGGCUGGAUCAGAUCGGGGAGGACAACUGGCUUCGGGUGCGGUCGUAUCUCAAGUUGGCAGACAUCAAGGAGAAACUGGAGGUGCCACCUUUGCAGGGUCCGAGGAGGAGAAGACGGGGUCAUGCUCGCAGGAGAAAGCUGAAAGCCUAGCUUGGUACUAUUGCAGUGCAUUUUCUUUUUGUUUUCUGUAAACAUUUGUUUUGUACUCCUGUUUCAGUAUGUUUUGGUUUUGUAACAUAGAUUUUGUGCUAACUCCGAGACGGGCGGUUUGAGUGCCUAACUUGAGAUCUGUUGUUAGAUCUCUUCCAUCUCUUGAUUGCUGUAGGUGUUGCAUCUAAUAAUGCAUUGAGCCCAACGUUUUUUUGUGUUAUUUUAACAUUAACAUGCACAUUCAGGUGUGUGUACUCCGGAGAACAAAAUGUAUGUCUUAAAACCCACAGCGUCUAUCAUAGAUCCCAUUCAGUGUAACAAACUUGCUCUGAAAGGCAAUUUUUUUUUCUUACUUUACAAACCUUUUGUAGUUUGCUGAACAUGUUUAUUAUUUUUGCUGUACUAAAUAUUGAGCAGAAGUGUUUUGAUCUGGUCUGAGUAAUAAUAAAAAUGCCAGUUUGUAC